AUGUAAGAUCUUAGGUGUACGAUCCCUGAACAUAACAAAAAAAAGUUUGUAUCAAUUACUCUUCAGAAAGAAGCAGAAAAAAGAUUAUACUGCUUUUAGUGCUAAAGCGAUGCAAGCGGAGUAGAUUUCUCAAAAUCGUAAUUAGUAAGUAAACUUAAACUAUGCGAUUUGGAUGAAGUAAUGGAAGGAAAUGCUUAUACAGUAUAUAAUUGGCCAGCUGAUGAUGAUGGAGAUAGAAUCAAGAAAUAGUUGCUCGAUUACAAGGUAUUUGUUGAAUGUAACUUGCUUUAGAGCAUUGAAUAAUAAAAAAAGGACAUAGAAGACUUUUUUUUAUAAAUGAAAGGCAAGUUGAAUGAAUAAGUGGAGAAUGUUAAAUAACUCUUGGUGGAAGCACUUAAUGCUACUUAAUUCAUUAAAGAGGAAAAACUUAAAUAAGAAGAGCCAGAUAAGAAAGAUGCCAAAAAAGAUGAUAAAAAAGAAACAAAGAAAGAUGAUAAGAAGGAAACCAAGAAGGAUGAUAAGAAAGAGACAAAAAAAGAUGAUAAAAAAGAAGAAAAGAAAGAUCUUAAGAAAGAAGGUAUAUGACUAUCAACUAUGAUUUUAGAAGAUAAGUUAGAUUUAACACCCACUAUAGAUAAUCUAAAGAAAUAUUAUGAUUAGGUUUAUGAUCUUACUAAAAUCAAGACACUUAUUAAAGAAAAUGCUAAAAGUGAUCCCAAUCUACUAAGUGCUAAAAUUAAUGAAUAUUUAAAUGAUCCAAAAAGAUCUGAAUAAUACAAUAAUAUGAAAAAGGUUUUUGAGGGAUUUAAGAAAGGAAAAAAUGCAAAUAAUUAGAUAGCAUCUAAUAAGUAGAAUUUAUAAAAAUAUUGGGAAUAAAUUCAAACUAGCAUUUAAUAAUGGCCUGUAAUUAUUUUAAUUGAAUCUAGUAUAAUUUUGGAGGUCUUCAAUGGAAAUUCUAAACUUCAGAAGCAGAUGAAUCUAAAAAGAUUAAAUAAUUAGAAUCAGAUUAUAAAUAAUUGACUGAAGAUCAAAAAUUAUCUGUAGCUCAAAGAGAAUAUGCUGGAGCUGGAUUAUAAUCUUAAAUUAUUUAUUCAGAUGUAAACUUUACUGAAGGAUAACAUGGUUGCAUAGUCUUAUUUAAAGAGUUUGAUCAAAAAAGAGCUGGAGCCAAUGGAAAUUUCUAUGUAGGAGUUGUACCAGAAGAUAAUAAAGAUAAAUCUCCAUAUGGAUAGGGAUAUAGAAAAGAUUUAUUUAGUCAAAAUGGAGAAGGUUUGAAUGUAAGAAUUGGAACUGAUUUUAAUAAUGUAUUUAAAGUAAUUCUAUCUAUCCUAAAGUUUAGAUGCCUCCUAAAUUGUUGGCUGUAAAACUUGAUGUUGAUAGCAAUUACUUUGAAAUCUGUGAUGGUAAACGAACAGUGGUUUAUGGAUUGGAUAAGGAAAGUAAAUUGAAGGGUUAAAAGUGGAGAAUCUAUUUCUGGUGGAAUAUAGCAGCUGAUAGAAUCUAAUUAAUUCACAGCUAUUGAGCCAAG